UGUAAAAAAUUGUGAGAAUAUAAAAUUUUUAAGGAAUUUGCAAAACUUGUUUAUACCGAUAUUUAACGCAAUUGACAAUUGACAAUUAUGGCUUGGGCUCCGUCUACAAACUUUGAGGAUGAUUUGGUGAACUUGCAACCCGAUUUCAAUUUAAUACAUGGUCAAUUGGCAUACGAGGCAAAUCGCAAUAAGAAUUACACUCCUCUACCAAAGUCAACGUAUGAGCAUCUGGCCAAUCGGGAGAAACGCAACGAAGAGAUCCAGAAAUCCAACAUUUCCAAGACGAAGCAAAUUAGCGACAGUCUGGAGUUGAUGGAACGCAUUCAGCAGAUUGCCGGAACCAGGCCGUUGGGUGAGCAUGCUACCAUGGCAGAUUGGGACGACCAGAGCACCGUGGAGCAGGAGGCGGUUGCCAUGAUGCGACACUUUGGCAUGAUGUCCAUGGCGGGCGGAUCGCUGACGCCGCUGGAAGAUGAGAAAUUGCCAGAGAAGAAGUUUCUCAUUUUGCGAAAUGGAAACAAGAGUUUUCCAGUGAUCUUGGAUCCCAGUUACUUUGAGUCAGGUAGAAAGCGCAAAACUCCAAACCAAAAUAACAACCUGGCGUCUAGCACCAAUUUAAAUGAUAGCAGCUCUUCUACAGCAAAAACUUACUUGGAUGAUAUCAUUAACAGUAAGAUUAGCUUCGAUGCUAUUCCGUGUGAAGUUCUCCAGAAAUUGAAGCUAGAAGAAAUAUUAUUGUUGAUGAAAACUAAUGCAAAAACAAAACAAACAAAACCAUUAUUUGAUUGAAAUAAGUCUGUAUUGAUAUAAUACGAGUUUUCAAAUAAUAGUAAAUAAUAUUGAAUAUAUGCAAAA